AUGCUUCCAAGAAGAAGGAAGUCUCCAGAGAGGCCUGCAUCUUCAAUAUUACUUGAAAGCCAUAGGCCCCGUGUCAACAAUGUAAAGGAACGAAGUUCAUCAGUUGUUUUUCCCAGUGUUAGGCCAAACCCUACACACCAUGUGACCUUUGCACCUACCCUGACUUCUGUGAGGUCUUCUCAGGAGAUUGGAGACUCUGGUAUCUCUCUAAAGACUCUUUUGAAUGCCAUUAAAACCAUGGAGGGAAGACUGGAAGGUAAAAUAGACAUUCUUGCCUCAAGACCAUUAAAAAAUGAUGAGUCACCAAAUUUUCUUCACCGGGAUUCGGUGAAAUCCAGUCUUGAAAAGAAAGCAGGGGAGCUCUCACGAGUUGUGAAGGGUCGUGCUGCAGCCCUGAAAGAGAGUCAGAAGUUGAAACAUGACCUCAAAGCUUUGGAGGACAGGGAGAACAAGAAGGUGGGAAACUUUCAGCGACUGGCAGAAGCUAAAGAAGACAACUGCAAAGUUACAAUCAUGUUGGAGAAUGUGUUGGCUUCUCACAGUAAGAUGCAAGGCGCUCUGGAAAAAAUGCAAAUAGAGCUUGGGCGGAGGGAUGCAGAGAUUGCAGGCCUCAAGAAAGAAAGGGCUCUAAAUCAACAGCGGGUACAGAAGCUGGAAGCAGAAGUGGACCAGUUGCGGGCCAGAAUCCUUGUCAUGGAUGCCCAGCACAACAGUAAGAUGGAGGCUCUACAAAAAGCUCUAGAUGUAGCUAGAGAAGAAAACAGGAGACUGGCUAUGAGCCUGGAGCAAGGUCUCCAGACAAAUCAUCAGCUGCAAACAAAGCUUGUUCCUGUUCAAGAGAAAUUGGAAAGCAAAGAACUUGAGCUACGGAAUUUGGAAACCUUCAUAGAACGGAUGAGUGAAGAAUCCAAAACAGAAGCAGAAUUGCAUGCUGAAAGCAUAGAUGCUCUAAGAAAGCAGUUUCAAAUUGAGAGAGAAACUGCAAAGAAAGCAGCACAACGGGAAGUGACUGAGCUGAAGAAAGCCCUUGAUGAAAGCAACUUCAGAUCAGUGGAAGUAUCCCGGACCAACCGGGAGCUGCGGCAGAAACUUACAGAGUUGGAAAAGAUACUGAACAGCAGCAAGGAGAAAAUAAAGGAUCAAAAGGCCCAAAUUAAGUUCCACUUAUCAGCUAAGGCUAAUAAUGCUCAGAACAUAGAGAGGAGGAAGCAAAUAGUAACAGAAUUGAGGCAAAUGGAGCUAAUUAAGGAGCAGUAUCAGAAAAAAAACUAUGAACAGUCACUGAGUAUCCAGAGAUGUGUAUCUGAAAUGACUAACCUACAGCAGGAGAUGCAGCUGUUGGCCAAGAGCCGACAUGAUCUGUCAGCUCAGAAUAAACAGCAAGAGCUGCAGCUCGAGGCAGAGCAGAAGAGGAGGUGGGAGCUGGAGCAUCGGUGCCAGGAAUUGGAAGAAACAGUUAGACACCUGAAGAAAUGUAAAGAGGCAACAGAGGAUAAACUGAAAGAAGCUAGUGUGGAAUCAGAACAGAUAACAGCUAACCUGGAACAAGCUUGGUGCUGGUUUAAGUGCAAAAGCAAUGGCCUACAACUUGAGCUGACCAAAAACCCAUUGCAGAGGGAAGACAGGUGGCAGAAAGAGAUGGAAUAUUUGUCUGACGAAGAUAAAAGGCACAGCAGCAUAUCCGAUCAGUCUGCUCUACAUCGAUGGGAGAAUAAACUGAAUCUUAGACUUGUGCCCAAGAAGUGUCAUUCUGAACUAAAGAGAGGUGGUGUCCUUGACAGAGGAGCUUCUUCACUUAGAACAGCUACAUCACCCUGA